CACAAUAUGACAUGGAUGACUACGAGCAGACCCUGUCAGAGUUAAACUAUUCCCAGUUCAACUCGACCGCCUCGUGGAACCACACCGUACUGCUCCAGUGGCUUAGGAGACACCGUCACUACUACGAGCAUGAGCUGGUCCCUGAUGAGUGUUUCCCUCUGUUGGACAUCCUGGAUCUCUUCCACCUCUACUACAUCCCCGCUAUCAUCCUGGUGGGACUGGUGGGGAACCUUCUGUCAUGUAUCGUGUUCCUCAACACCCAUCUCAAGAUGCGGAGUUCCAGCUACUACUUAGCGGCCCUCGCCACGGCCGACUUUGGCUUCCUCGCCACACUCAUGAUGGUCUGGCUCAACAACAACCUGGGAGUACAGGUAUUUAAUAAGGACGGCUGGUGCCAAGGUCUGGUCUACCUCAGCUCUGUGUGCAGUUUCUUGAGCGUCUGGCUGAUUGUGGCAUUCACCGUGGAGAGGUUUAUCGCAGUGCAGUAUCCGCUACAUCGACCACACAUGUGUACAGUGGCACGAGCAAAGACUAUAGUGAUGUCUCUCACACUGGUGGCGCUGGUAAGUCACGCUUACAGCUUCGUCACGGCCGGCAUAAACGUACAGGGUGUCUGCGACCUGCGGGAAGGCUACCACGAGACGAUGAGAGUCAUCAACAUCAUCGACUCUUUCCUGACCUUGAUCGUGCCUCUGGCCCUGAUCAUCGUCAUGAACACCAUGAUCACUCGCAACCUGAUCCGCUUCAGUCGACGCUUCAAGCAACAAGGAUCGGAGUGCAACGACCGGUCAGACUUUGUUCUGCAUCCCUUACACUCGAGCAGUUCAAACAACCGUAAACCAGCUUCGCAGCAAUCAUUCCAUUCUUCAGCUUCCAGACAUCAGCAGGGUUCCACGGCAAGCCAGGCUAGCCAGCCGCCCAGCCGUCUGGGCACUACAGGUAGUCGACACCAACCCUCCCACCCACCACUCACGCCCACUUCCCACCACAUCAACACGGACUUGGCCACCAGCAAAUGUAUCCCUAUACGGUCGUCCAGCAGAAAUGUCGCAUCCACAAGAACGCAACAAAGUAUUACCAAGAUGUUACUUCUCAUAUCUUCAGUGUUCGUACUACUCAAUCUGCCCAGCUACGUGAUCCGGCUGUACGUGUUUGUUUGCUUCUCCCUGUGGCGACAGACGACCCCGGACACUCUGUGGUGCAUGCAACAGUUCUUCAUGCUGCUCUACUACACCAACUUCAGCAUCAACUUCCUGCUGUACUCCAUGUGUGGCAUCACGUUCCGUCGAUGUCUGUGGCAGCUGAUCCGCAACAAGCUCAAGAUUGUCACGCGCUACCAUUGUGACAUUCUCAUCCACAGAUGAGGCCCGCAGAUGUACAUGGACUCGCUAUAAAUAUCGUCGAUGUCUGUGGCAGCUGAUCCGCAACAAGCUCAAGAUUGUCACUCGCUACCAUUGUGACAUUCCCAUCCACAGAUGAGGCCCGCAGAUGUACAUGGACUCGCUAUAAAUAUCGCCGGUGUCUGUGGCAGCUGAUCCUCAACAAGCUCAAGAUUGUCACUCGCUAUCAUUGUGACAUUCCCAUCCACAGAUGAGGCCCGCAGAUGUACAUGGACUUGCUAUAAAUAUCGCCGGUGUCUGUGGCAGCUGAUCCGCAACAAGCUCAAGAUUGUCACUCGCUACCAUUGUGACAUUCCCAUCCACAGAUGAGGCCCGCAGAUGUACAUGGACUCGCUAUAAAUAUCGUCGAUGUCUGUGGCAGCUGAUCCGCAACAAGCUCAAGAUUGUCACUCGCUACCAUUGUGACAUUCCCAUCCACAGAUGAGGCCCGCAGAUGUACAUGGACUCGCUAUAAAUAUCGUCGAUGUCUGUGGCAGCUGAUCCGCAACAAGCUCAAGAUUAUCACGCGCUACCAUUGUGACAUUCUCAUCCACAGAUGAGGCCCGCAGAUGUACAUGGACUCGCUAUAAAUAUCGCCGGUGUCUGUGGCAGCUGAUCCUCAACAAGCUCAAGAUUAUCACGCGCUACCAUUGUGACAUUCCCAUCCACAGAUGAGGCCCGCAGAUGUACAUGGACUCGCUAUUAAUAUCGCCGGUGUCUGUGGCAGCUGAUCCGCAACAAGCUCAAGAUUGUCACUCGCUACCAUUGUGACAUUCUCAUCCACAGAGGAGGCCCGCAGAUGUACAUUGACCUGCUAUAAGUAUCGUGGGGGCUUUUUAUUCGUCGAUUAACUCUAAUGUUAAAGAGCUAAUCUAAUGUUAAAGUCUUUGAGUUACUUAAACAUCUGGUGAUGUAUGUAAACGCUCUACAACAAUGAUCAUGUUUUCAUUCGCAAUUUAUCCGAUAUUAAAUAAAAAUUAUAACCACAAAUUUGCCUGGACUCGUUAUAAUUAUCUUCGGGCCUCUGCUAUUCGACGGUUAAUCCUAAUGACAGCAAUUAGUCUUUCGCUACUAUUGCUUUGUUCCUAACUUCAUAUGAGACUCAUUGAGCAUUCACUAUCACCAUCGGAGCUCUUUCAAUUAUAUUAUUAAUCUAAUAAUACACAAUACAUAACAUAAUAUAUGUAAACUGUUAAUAUCAAGUGAUUCAAAACGUGUGUGUGUCGAUUACAUUCGGAGUUAAGCCAGAAAUAUCUCUUUUUGGUAUCCUGAAAAUAGCUAGUGAAAGGUCCCUAAUACUAUUUUCACUAAACAUAAACAUUUUCUUGAUUUUUUAACUAAUAUGCCAAAAUAUUGAUCAGUAAAUAUCGCUUCUUCAUUUCAAGAAUGUAAUAUGUAAUAUAAGACGAUGUUAGUAACCAAUUCCUAAAAGCAACCUAUAAGAUUAAAUUAUAUUACCACUAAAAAAAAUAACGAGAAUCUAAAUUUUGUAUCCAAAUUACUAGAUUAUAAGGUAACCAAACAGAUACAGAUGAUUUUAAGAUUUUAUAAUGUUAAUACUAUAUUCUGAAAUUAAAUUUUGUGGUAAUGAUUAACUAGAAAAAUAUUUAGAAAUAAUUAAUCUGAAAAAUGGUAUAUUUAUUAACCCCAGUGAUAUUUCUAAAUAAAAUGAUGAUGUACCCUGAGGAUUCUUCACGAUAGUACCUACCAUUUAUCUAUCAGAAUUUAGUUUCAUAUCACGUAUUUGUAUAGACAAUUGUUUAAGAAAUCCAGUGAUAUAACAGUUUGUAAAAUUAAUUUCAGUCUGUAGAUCAUGGCGAUAACGAAAUUGUUUUAAUUCAUUUUACAUUCCUUGUUUUAUUAUAAUAUUUAGAAAUGUACAAUGUUAGAAGGGAAUACAAAUAUAGAAAUAUUUGUAUAAUGGGUUAAGUCAGUUCUUGAACAUAAACAUGAAACUUUCUUGCGUUCUACCUCAGAGCUUACCCUUUAAGAUAAUUUAUUAUUUAAGUUCCGUACGUUAUCCUGGUUAUGUUUGUCUUGACUUAACAGAUGUUGGCCACGUACUUGCCUAUCACUUAGUUAAGGAACUUUAAAAUUAUUGAAAACCUCUUCAUAUCUUUCUGUUAUAGCAAGAAUGACUUUGAGCUUAUGAAUUCUACUUUUGUACACCACAUUCACGUUUCAUACGUUUACAUACGCAGAGUUCAAAAUUUUAUAAAACAAUAAAUAAUCUCGAAUCUUUAAUAAUUUGUGCAGUUCAAGUGUAUACAAAUAGCCUAUUAUUGUAAACGUAUACAACACUGAAUUGUCAAAAAAUAGAAAAAGAAAAACUGAAAACCCAUGCAGUUAGUAAGAAAACCAGGGUACAUUCAAAGUUUGUUCUCUGGAUA